UCUUACGGUUUUUUGUUUUGUUUUGUUUUCGAUUUCUUUUUUCUUUCCUUUUUUGGUACUGUUAAUGAUGGUGUUCCUUUUAUUGGUGUACAGUGCAGUUCCUACUUUUGCUAUUAUCAUUAUAAAGUCUCGGUCAGCUGGAAAACGUUAUCGAGCACAGCAAAAAGAACUUAAACUUUGACCCUGACGAACAGAGAUAAACACUCCUCUAUGCCCGCCCUACAUGUGACGAUGUGAUCUGUAGCUCGUGCGGCUUUCAUCUGUGUGUGGUUCUUUCUGUGCCGAGUGUUGUAUCGCGACUGAGAGAGUGACAGCUCCAGAUUAAGAAGUCUGAAUGGAUACCGCGGGCACAGUCGUGGAGCGGGAUGCAGUGGUCAUCGGCGCGGGAAUCUCCGGCCUGGUCACGGCCAAGUGUCUCAAGGAGGAUGGCUAUGACGUCAUCAUGCUGGAGCGCUCCUCUGACGUAGGCGGUCUGUGGACGUUCCGGGAGCACGACUAUGGCGUGAUGAAGUUCACUCACAUGUGAGAAAUGGCGCAUCACAGCCUGCAAGGUGAAGGACGACGGGAAAGCGGGAGAGGAGACCGAUGUCAAAAUCGUGUUCGUCUGCUCUUAUCUGGCUGUGACGUCAGGACAUCACGCCAAACCCAGCUACCCGAAAUUCCCCGGGGAGGACACAUUUCCGGGUGAGUGUUGCCGUCUGCUGUGGGGUUUGAAUCCCAAGAUGGGUGCGCUCCAGACCCAGCCCACUGUGAGUCCGACCCUCAUCCAUCACAUCCAACGGAGGAAUGUGAAGAUUGUGCCCAACAUCACGCGGAUCGAGGGACGUACCGUACACUUCGUCAACGGCUACUCUGCGGAGUUCGACAAAAUUCUCUACUGCACGGGUUACAAGAUUGAUCUCCCCUUCCUACCCGAGUCCGUCAAAAGCCAUGUUCUUCAAGAAGGCUCCAAUUAUAUCAAGCUGUACAAGAACGUGUUUGCGCCACACGUGGGCUCCAGCCUCGCUUUCAUCGGCUUCGUGCAGCCAGCCUCCGGCGGCAUCUUGACAAUGGCGGAGACGCAAGCCCGGUGGUUCAGUGCUCUCUGCAAGGGCAAAGUUCGCCUGCCCUCUGCCCCAGAAAUGGAGCUGGAUAUCAAGACGGAAAAGACGCUACCUUAGAGUUACUAAGUUUUUUUUCUGACAUUUUGACCGUUUUGAGUUAUUAUAAGAGCUUGAGGUCAGAAACCAAAUUUUCUAUCUGCU